AUGAUUAAUAAUGUAUUAAUGGACUCCUUUCAUUUAGCUUUUUGAUCAUUUACAGUAAGAAAUUAGAGAGUACGAAAAUAAAUUAUUUAGAGAUCAAGAACUAACAAAGAUUAUUGAAUUGCCUUCCAGAUUGCUUCUUACAUUUAAGUAAUCAGAGGGUCUGAAGAUUCCACAACAAUUUAAAUUACUAUCUAAUUUCAUCAAUGCAAUACCUAAAUGCAACCCUUUAUGAAUUUAUUAAAUCAAAAAUAAAGCUUUGAGUACUUUCUAUAACUAAACUGCCAUCUAUAAAUUGGAAAGAAAAUAUCAAAGAUUUUUAAAUACAUGCUUUGGACACUUUAUAAAAAUUAGCCAAGCAAAGAUUUAAAAAAAAAUUUAAACCCAAGAACUUUACAAGAUAUAGGAAAAUUAAAUCAUGUUUCCAGAACCAAUAGUCGUUUGGAAUAGAUGUAAUUAGAAAUAAAUACAAAUCUAUUAAAUAAGAAGUAUGAUUUUUCUUAUUAUUUUUAAGUAUCAGUAAGGGAUAAAGUUUGGAUGGAAAAUAAGAUAACCAAUUAGAAAGAAAAUGUGGAAUGCGAAUAAUCGUAGUCACUUUUAAAGUGUUUUAAAAAAUGUAUUUCAAAUAGGGGUAUUUUCCAUUAAUUAAAUCAAAGUUGAGUUAUUUAUUUAGUUAAAUACUCAGAUGGAAAAUGCUUUAAUUUGUAUUUAAUGCUAAUGCAACAGUAAAUUAGAAUGUGAACAUAUGA